AUGGGAAGAAACGAAAGCAAAGUGACACCUGGUCAGGCCACUGAUCCUGCUAAUGAUCAUCAUGAUCAGCACUCUGCAGCUGAUAAGCAAUCUGCAGGAAUCCAGUUGCAAAGAAACAAGUCAUGCGGGGAAGGAAGAGCAAUUGCACCUGCGGAUGAACUUACUCUUAGCAGGCUGCCUAAGACUAACAAAAAUGAUGGUGGUGAUUCUUGCGAAAAGGGUUUCAAAUGUAGCAUUCUCUGCCUCUUCUGGCCAGGAUUUGGCAGGGGGAAGAAAAAGGAAGAAGCAGUGGUAGUGACAAUGGAAGAUGUGAUAUCGAGGACAGUUUCCUUAGAAAAAUUCGAAUGUGGGUCGUGGGCAUCAUCGGCCAUCUGUCGUAGCAGUGAUGAAGGUGGAGACUCCAAGCACCUCUACUUCGAUCUGCCCAUGGAGUUAAUCCGAAGCGGCGUGAUUGAUGAUGCAAAUUCGCCGGUUACAGCAGCUUUUGUCUUCGACAAAGAUCAUCAUCGCAAAGGAAUUCUCAAGAAACAUGGCACCACAACAAGAGCAGCAGCCACAAAAUCAGACGAGUCAUCAGGCCGCCAUGUUCGUUUCUCUACAUCAUGCCCUGAGUCGCCGGUUUUCUGCAUUUCCCCUCGGUUGCUCAAGGCGAGGGAGGACUUCAGUGCUUUCUUAGAAGCACAGAGCUAG